AUGCUGAGCGAUGAUACAAUGGAAAAAAUGAGCCGCGAUGAGCUCAUUGAACACGUGCACAAAAUGCAAGAGACAAUGAUCGCCGGCACUAACGGCGUCGCGGUGGAGGAGCGGCCUGCAUGGCAGCCACAGCUGAGGUCACAGCAAUCCCAGCAGCAAAAACCAGUCUUGCUGCCGCAGCGAAGCAAUAGUCUGCAGAGGAACUCAUUUUUUUUGAGCGAGGGUAGCGACUCGUCCCAUGGGGGCACGCAAAAAUUUAAGCGGGCGCGACGGGUGGACGAAGAACCCAACUUGUUGCCCAACACAUGUUUUUCUUUCGCUUCGCAGGAGGGGAUGGGUCUCGGCACCAUGCUUGGCGGGGAUACCAACUCCGUUCUCAGUCACCUCAGUGAACUUGCAUCCACGCAAGCGGCGGCCCUUCCAGAUGCCCUUCCAGAUGCCCUUCCUGUCGCACACAGGGAAAGUUUAUCCGGGCAGACGAUACAUAAUCAGUAUUCCUUUUCAGCCAGCACGAAAAGCAUGGCGAUGCAAUGCCCUGCCAGGUGGACGGGGAAACUUUCUGUUUUUCGAGGCGAGGACGGCACCAAGCAAAUCAAUCACUACCAAAUAAUAAAGGAAAUAGGUAGAGGGGCAUGUGGGAAGGUACAGUUGGCCUACGACAUGGAAAACAACACACUUGUAGCAAUAAAGGUGGUGAAGCGUGCUGACACCAAUUUUCGGAUUGGCGGCCAGACCAAUGCCCAAAAGCAGUUCAGUGCCUUUCAACGGGAGAUUGCGGUGAUGAAGAAAUUACGUCAUAGAAAUAUUGUUUCAUUGUACGAAGUGAUUGACGAUCCCAAUGCGAAAAAACUUUAUCUCGUGAUGAUGUACGUAGACAAAGGACCGAUUGGCCGUGUUAACUGCCCUCCAGACGCAAAGGCGGACACCCAGGUUUGCACGCCCAUUCCAAAGAAUGAAUUGGCUUGGUACGCCCGACAAAUUCUUGCCGGUCUUGAGUACCUGCACCAGCACAAAAUUGUGCAUCGGGAUAUUAAACCAGAAAAUAUUUUGGUGGACAGAAACAAACACGUCUUCUUAGCUGACUUUGGCGUUUCGGAGGUUUUUGAUACUUCUAAUCGUGAGAAAAUGGAGGCAAUGAUGCAGGAGAGCUUGAUGGCUGUUAGGACAUCCGGUGGGACGUAUCAGGGACAAGGCAUCCCUAUUCAAGGAGCAAGAGGCACCAUGCUGUUUAUGGCCCCAGAAAUCUGGAGGGGUGAUGGUUCCUACGCGAGUCCAGUCGACAUGUGGGCUCUGGGGGUCACACUUUAUAUUCUCCUUACCGGAAUGCUACCUUUUAUAACUCUGGAUGAUAUCAUGGAUCCAGCACUCCCUGUGAUACCCACAUCUUAUGGUAGCAAGUGGACGGAUUUACUCCAGGGACUACUGGAUCGCGACCCCAGCAAGCGCAUAACAGUUCGAGCAGCGCGUGCUAUUGUAAAGAGUAUGAGUGAAGAAGAUGAGUCUCCCGAAACUAACCAGCUUUUUUCUCCAACGUCUAUUACACAAGCUGACCUGGAAGGUGCACUGACUCCCGCACAGCAGCAGAAGGAUCAAGACGACAUGGAGUGGCUGUUAGGCCAACAUGUUGAAGAAUGCUUGGAUGCACAAGAUGCGGAUUUUUCGAAAGGAUUUACUGAAGCCGAGGAGAGAUCUGGUGUUUACUGCUCGACUUUUUUAGUGUGUAACAGCGAAAAUAAUUCUUUAUUUGGUGCGGCCACGGGUGGCAACAAGGGGACGGAGAACAUCAAAAGCCCACAGGCAGCCGAAAAAGAUGCUUUUGUGCGGGCUCAGAACUCCUUUUUGGGAACCGAAAAGAAGACUGCCAGGGAGGGUCUUUUUUCCAUUCCCGAAAGCGAUCGCGUUUUCACCAAGGUUUCGUUUCCAUUUCUGGAGGGGGAAGAAAGACACGAUGCUACCACGAAACGCGGGGAGAAGAGCAUUUUUACUUCAAAUGCCAGUUUACCGGUUGCCAAUUCAAGGGGAAGGGCCGCGACUCGUUUCAAGAGUAAAUCCGGGUUUUUCUCCAUGCUUCGAGAGGCGCUGUCGUUUUCCCGUUCCAAGAAGUCAAAGGUGUGA